ACGAUACGGAAGAGGUUGUGUCGGAUCGACAGCGGCGGGAACGUUGACUGUUUUGGAAUUUAUUUAUUUAUUUAUUUUUUGGAUUGUGAUUUGGCGGUUGGCAUAAACUGGUGAGUGACUGGGUCGAAAUGGCCUCACAGGAAGAAGAUGGUGGGGAUGAAAUGGAGAGUGGUGAAUGGUCCCAAGUAUCCAGAAGAAAAGAUAGAAGUAAGACAGAUACAAGGCGUAGGGAGGAAGGGAAAGUUUCAAAUAAAAGAUCUUUGGGUGAGGAUAGUCCUGAGGAAGAAAUUAGGAUUAUUCGAAGGAAGAUUGAAGGUAUUAAUCUGGGUCCAGUGGCAUUAUCCAAGGAAUUGAAACACAAGGUGGGAGAGGUAGAAAGUGCAAAAAUUCUUCGAGAUGGAAGUUUGUUAAUAAAAUGUAAAGAUGAAGUUCAACGAAAUAAAGCAUUAAAAAUUGAUAGUGUUUGCAAAAAAGUGGUGUCUGAUAGAAGAGUUCUUGAAGAAAGCAAAGGUUCCAGUGGAGUGAUUUAUGGCAUUCCUGUUGAAGAGGAUCUGGAAAAAUUAAGACGCAACAUUCAAGGUGGUGAAGUGAAAAAAGUGAGAAGAUUAUUGAGAACAGUUGAUGGUGAGCGAGUUAAUAGUUUGUCUGUGCUAUUGGAAUUCCAAGAUUCGGUGUUGCCAGAAAGAGUUAAAAUCGGAUGUAUGAGUUAUUUUGUUCGACCAUAUGUUCCUCCACCUUUAAGGUGUUAUAAAUGUCAGCGGUAUGGGCAUGUAGCGGCAGUGUGUAAAGGUAAGCAAAGGUGUCCAAGGUGUGGAGGAGAGCACAGGUAUGAAGAAUGUAAAGGGGAUGAGCAGAUGAAGUGUUGUAAUUGUGGAGGUCAGCAUUCAGUGACAUAUGCAGGUUGUGAAGUUAGGAAGAAGGCUGUUGAAGUUCAGAAGGUGAAGAUGGGGAGUAACAUAAGUUAUGCUGAAGCAGUGAAAAGAGUGCAAGGGCAAAAUUCAGGGGUGGAAGCAAGAAAAGUGAUUCAUAACAUAAGAUCAGAGAACAGCAUCAGAGAACAAGUUAAAACAACAACAAAUAUAACAACUGAAAAACUUAUUCUGUUUAUAGCCUAUGUGAUUAACUGUACAGACCAAGUCAAACAUAAAACAGAAAAAAUUAAAAUAAUAAUAAAAGGAGUUGAAAAAUUCUUGGAUAUGAGGGAACUAUCAUGGGAACAAGUGAAAAAACAAUUAGAGACAGAUGGGAAGCCAGGAAGUGGUGAAGGAAGAGCAGUAUGA